AUGACGAGCCUUAAGAUAAAGAAUCAGCUGUCUCUCAAACAAAGAUUAUACGAAGAAAACGAUCACCAGUCAAUAGUAGAGCUCAUCUCUAUUAUUAAUGUAUUUAUAUUGGAACAAGCUUUGAAAGCAGACAGGCUGGUGAAUAACGACAUAUCCUUCUUGAUUUACAUGGGACACCUAUUUAUUAUGCAAGAACGAUAUGUCGCUCGUAGACGUGGUGACCAAGAGAUCUACGGCCAAUGGACUAUCAACCACCCCAAUCUGAAUGAUAAAGAUGGUGUAGAGAAUAACUUCAAGACGCUUUAUCGCAUUUCGAAACGACUUUUGAAAAAUUUGUCAAUUUAUGUUUUUGUAUAA